AUGUACGGAAGAUCAUAUGGAAGAAUGGGCGGCUACGGUGGAGGAUACGGUUCAAGUUAUCGCUCAAGCUAUGGUUCAGGCUAUGGUUCAGGCUAUGGUUCACGUUAUGGUUCGUCCAGGAGGUCGUCAAAUAAUAGAUAUAGUAGUUCUGGUACGAGUUCAAACCAACGUAGAGAGUAUUCUGGUUCAAAUCAACGACAAAAUUAUGCUACCAGUUCCAACCAACAAAAUGGAAACCAAUCAAGAUAUUCAAAUUCACAACAACAAGGAAGUAAUUAUCAAAAUUACAGAGGCAAUGAUCAAUACCGAUCACAAUCUGAUCAACAGAAUAGAAGCAAUUACCAACAAAACAAUUACAGGAACAAGAAUGUUAAUAUAAACAAAAAUGUCAAUGUGAAUCAUAGACGCAGAUUUGGUUUUGGAAGAAUGUGGCAUUGGCCAAUGAUGUUUAUGUUUUGGCGUGGUUUUUCAAGGAAUAGGCAUGAGCAGCAACCACCAGUUAAUAUAGUUCAUGUUCACAACCCACCUCAAGGUGACAAUGCUCAACAAUCUAUUCCACAAGGGGAGAAUGUUCAACAAACUAAUCCACAAGUUGAUGCACAUCAAGAACAAUUAUCUACAGAUGAAAGAGGUAGAAGAAGUAGUACCAGCUCUGGCCGCGGAAGAUCGGCUACUCCUGUUCAACUUGAAAAACAAGACCCACCACCGCCUUAUGUACAUCCAGAAGGCCAACAACAAUAUCUGCAGUCAGUUGCAGUUUAG